AUGGCGGCCAUUUUACAGCUGCAGCCUGUUGGGCAAGGUCUAUUGCCAGGUGCUGUGCGCACACGGAAACAGAGCCUGCCAGCCACGGCGUCGCAUGUUUGGAGCACAGAGAGGGCUUCACCGCUGAAGAGAAUCGCGCUGUUCUCACAGACAAACCUAACAGUGCCACUGUGUGCAAGCUUUGGAUGCAUUCUUUCUGCGCGAAGACGCAAGCAACCUACUGCCAGAGGCGCGAUGGAGAGUGACCUUGCAGACCUUGAAGCGCAGCUCCGCUUAGCAGUGGAAGCAGAAGACUACAAGGAAGCCGCGCGUUUGCGAGACUUGCUGCAGAUGCAGUCUUUCGAUGCUGAAACUGGAGUCUUGAGCGCCAACAACGAGUUCUAUGCAGCCUUCAGGGCGGGGAGUGCAGAGCGAAUGUCCAAGAUUUGGCUGCCAAGCCCUCGGAGCUGUUGCGUGCACCCUGGGAGGCCACCAGUGAAUGGAUACGAAGAUGUAGCCAUGUCGUGGGAGAGGAUCCUCACGUGUGGAGGUCUAGACAUCGAGUGCACCAGGCCCUUGGUUGCCAUGUGUGGCAGUGUGGGCCGAAUUGUUUGUUACGAGCGAGUCGAUGGGCAGAUCACAUUGCUAGCAGUGAAUUUGUUUGAACAAACAGAGUCUUCCUUCUCCAGCUUAGCCGGAGUUGACCGUGGCCUUUGGGGUCAGCUACAUGCAAGAGAGUGCUUCCGGCCCCUUGUGGCGGCGCUGCCACCAUUGCCGGAGGGUCAAGCACCACGAAGACGGAUAUGGCGCCGCUUACUCCUUGGAGCCAUGGAACUCUCGCUGGAAGGCCAUCGAUUUGACGAUCUUUCUCAACAGCCGAGCGAGGCGGACAAUGAGAUUCAAAGAGAUGUCGGAAGAACGUUUCCGGAGAGAUUUGAUGAGGCCAGUCAACAGGCCUUGUUCCGUGUCCUUCGUGCUGUGUCGCACCGCGUGGAGGACAUUGGAUACUGCCAAGGUAUGAACUUCAUUGCAGGUGUCAUGCUUUGCGUUUUCCGAUCUUCUUGCAGCUGGAAUGCCCUUCAGGCAGCCGAACCGAUCGCCUACCACUGUGUGCUAUCGAUGCUGUUGCGCCAUGGCAUGAAUCAGUACUUUGGUGCAGGAUUUCCGAAGCUACGCCUGAGCGCGCUGCAGUUUGAUUGCUUGUUGGAGGCAGGGCGGAACCCACAUGGAUCAUUUCAUUUCUCUUAUGCGCUGAUUGGAGAGACUUCCAAGCCUGUAGAAUCUGUACAUUCAAUGCUGAGCUGCAAGAAAAUGCGACAAGAGCUGAUGCUGUGCGUGCCGUUCCAAAGUGCCGUUGAGUUGUGUCUAGCUCAAAAUCUCAAGCAAGUCUGCACCAUCAACACACCAUUGAACAGCAGGACGCAAUGA